GCAAUUCUAGCGCAUCGUCGCCGUUAAGUUCCGUGUGAAAGUUAAACCCUCUUGAAGCAGAAUGACUGGUCGCGGUAAGGGAGGCAAGGGUCUCGGAAAGGGAGGAGCCAAGCGUCAUCGUAAGGUGUUGCGCGAUAACAUCCAGGGUAUUACGAAGCCCGCCAUCCGUCGUCUGGCUCGCCGUGGUGGAGUGAAGCGUAUUUCCGGACUGAUCUACGAGGAAACCCGUGGCGUGCUGAAGGUAUUCCUGGAGAACGUGAUCCGCGAUGCCGUCACCUACACCGAGCACGCCAAGCGCAAGACCGUUACGGCGAUGGAUGUGGUGUACGCACUGAAGCGCCAGGGCCGUACGCUGUACGGUUUUGGAGGUUAAGCGCACACUGCCCUCUCGACCAGUUUGGACACACGGACGGUUUACCCCGAACGAACAUCAUGGAUUAUUUCGUCUGAAACAAA